CGGAGGGAUCGGGGCAAUCCCUCCUACCAAAUUCUGGCAGUUCCCGGUCUGACCCUUCGCUUUGCCCAUCACCCCUUGCCCGGGAAGGGCACCGAGGGCACGGGUCUCUCCACCGAGCCCCAGCCUAACCCCUCGCCAAGUCCCCACGUCCCACCCUGCAGCAGGUUCCCGUUUUUGGGAGGGAUCUUCCCCACCCUGAAGCCACCAUGCCAGCUCCUCAGGGACCCCCGGCCGUGCAGGACCUCACCUUCAGCCUAUGGGAUUACGGAGUCUUCGCGCUGAUGCUGCUGAUCUCCACGGGCAUCGGGCUCUUCCACGGGCUGGCCAAAGGCGGCCAGAAGACCUCUGAGGAUUUUUUCACGGGUGGCCGGCGGAUGUCGGCACUGCCCGUGGGGCUGUCGCUGUCGGCCAGCUUCAUGUCGGCCAUCCAGGUGCUGGGGGUGCCAGCCGAGGCGUUCCGAUAUGGAGCCAAAUUCCUCUGGAUGUGCCUGGCGCAGCUCAUCAACAGCGCACUCACCGCACAGCUUUUCCUGCCCGUCUUCUACCGCCUGGGGCUCACCAGCACCUACGAGUACCUGGAGCGGCGCUUCAGCAGGAGUGUGCGGCUGUGCGGGACCGUGCAGUACGUGGUGGCCACGAUGCUCUACACCGGGAUCGUUAUCUACGCGCCCUCCCUGAUCCUAAACCAAGUCACCGGGCUGGAUAUUUGGGCAUCCCUGCUGUCCACGGGGGUCAUCUGCACCUUCUACACCACCAUCGGUGGGAUGAAGGCUGUCAUCUGGACCGACGUGUUCCAGGUGUUUGUGAUGCUCUCGGGUUUUGUCGCCAUCACCAUCCGCGGGGUACUGCUGGUGGGGGGUCCCGCCGAGGUGCUGAGCAUCGCCGCCAAUGGCUCCAGGCUCAACUUUGCAGAUUUCAGCCUGGACCCGCGAAGUCGUUACACGGUGUGGACGUUCGUGAUGGGUGGCACGCUGCUGUGGCUCUCCAUGUAUGGCGUCAACCAGGCCCAGGUGCAGCGCUACGUGGCCUGCAGGAGCGAGCGGGAAGCCAAGAUGGCUCUACUGGUCAAUCAGGCGGGGCUGUUCUGCAUUGUGGCCAGUGCCGUGGCCUGCGGGCUCAUCAUGUUCGCGCUCUAUGGCCACUGUGACCCGCUGCUGGCCGGAGCCAUUGCCGCACCUGACCAGUACAUGCCUUACCUAGUGCUGGACAUCUUCAAGAGCAGCCCGGGGGUUCCUGGGCUGUUCCUGGCUUGUGCCUACAGCGGCACCCUCAGCACGGCUUCCACCUCCAUCAACGCCAUGGCUGCUGUCACCGUUGAGGACUUGGUGAGGCCACAGCUGCCGGCGCUGUCCCCGAAGCGGCUGACGCUGAUCUCCAAGGGGCUCUCUCUCACCUACGGCACCUCAUGCAUCACUGUGGCUGCUCUGUCCUCACUGCUGGGAGGGGGUGUCCUGCAGGGCUCCUUCACAGUGAUGGGGGUGAUCAGCGGGCCCCUGCUGGGCGCCUUCGUGCUGGGAAUGUUCGUGCCCCGCUGCGGGACCGCCGGGGUGCUGGGUGGCCUGGCCGUGGGGCUGGCACUGUCCCUGUGGGUGGCCAUAGGUGCCACCCUGUACCCACCCAGCGCAGCCACCAUGGGGGUGCUGCCCUCCUCGAGCACACUGUGCCCACCCCGCAAUGUCACCAACGCCACCAGCGGCACCGCCCUGCCCACGCUGCCACCGGAGCCGCUGCGCCCAUCCAUCCUGGGUGAGUUCUACUCUGUGUCCUACCUGUACUACGGCGCCUUGGGGACACUGGGCACCAUGGGGACAGGGGCCCUGCUCAGCCUGCUGCCAGGGCCAGCCCAGGAGAGCCACCGUCCCCAGGGUGUGCUGUGGUGGGACAUCAUCAGGGCCACGACCUUGGAUAUCCCCAAGGGUGACAACAGCCCCGGGGAUGAGGACAAGGCCCGAGUGACCCAGGUGCUGCUGGAGAAGCCAGACGGGGAGGGCACAGCCCCAUGUGACCCCCCCAGGGGUGGCACUGUCACCGAGACCGACGUCUAGGGGACAGUGUGGGGACACAAAGAAUAGCGUGAGGACACAAGGACAGCGUGGAGA